AUUUCCUUUAAGUGACCCUGACAGGCUGAAGAAAUGGCUGGCGAACGUGAGGAGGAAGAACUGGUACCCGACGACAUCGUCCCGUCUGUGUAGUAAUCACUUUGAGGAGCAUCACUUCUACCUUGACUCGAAGGGAAAGAGGAGGCUGAAGAACUUCGCCGUGCCGAACAUUUUUACCUUCCCACCACAUCUGAUGAGAAAGAAGCAACUCACCAGGGCCACGAAGGGCAAGAUAGCUAUCCCCUUUGUCACGCCAUGUCCGCUCCCCAGUUAUCUCAUCCAGCCUUACAAGACGCCGGGAACGGUCGCACAUUUGCUGUCUGUGUGGGAUCGUAAGGCCGUCAUCAUCCCCGACAACGGAGAUCCUGAACCCAAAAAUGACAUCGUCAUCAGAAACGUCCAGGCCGCUGCUGCUGACGGCGUAGUCGAGUAUAACACGAGAGCAGAGCCUGAAAGAGUUAUGCACGAUCACGACUACCUCGCCACGUGCGGCUUCACGAAAAAGAGAAUCAACGUGCGCACCAUUCACAACUACAGCGUUUCUCCCUCAGCCGUGACACGUGACGAAAACGCAGCACAGGAUCAGGUCGUCUCCGAGUCUCCCUCAACACCCCAGCAGAACGAAAACACCGAGGAUCAGCCUGUUUCUGAGUCUCCGUCAACACCUCAGCGCAAAGACAACACGGUGCAGGUUGACCUGGUGUCCAUGUCAACCAUAACGCUCAAAACGAAAGAAAACGCACUGCGGCACAAGCUUGUCUUAGCUCGCAAGAAGCUGAAGUUAAAGUGUCAGCAGACGCGGAGGAUGAAAGCCAAACUCUUGUCCCUGAAAGCUCUGACGAAGGUCCUUCAGAAAAAGAUGAUCGCGUAUGAGAAAAGAAUUGCAGUGAUGAGUUUGCAGGAAAGCUGCACAAAGUGCGAAAGGGUCAGAAAUCGUUUAUUAUCGUGAGCGCUGUGUGAGACUGUUGCUGCUGUGUGUAGCAGGCAGAAAAAAGUCUGAACACUAUUCAUUUUUUCAGUUUCUUGGUUUAUUUAAGUCGCUAUGAAACAGACAAAAAUGCACCCUGCGUAGGCGGGUUUCCAUUAAGCCUCAUAUUGCAAAAAUUGACAUUGUGAAUAUUAAAUACGCUUGAUGGAAACACGUCAAUUUCAAUAAAAACCCCCAUUUAUCGCAAAAAAGUUUCUACGCUCAGAAGAGGUGAUAUUUCAAGCAAUUCCAAAAAGCCACAUUGGUGCAAACUGCAGUGCUGCUGACGUUUUGAACAUCCAUCGCCAUGGUUACUGGGAUGUUAUCGCCUGAGGAGAAGUCGUACAACAUCACACAGUGGAAACACAGUCAGCUCCACAUUGUGUUUUAUCCACAUUUGGAAAAUAUCACUCAAAUCUGUUAUGGAAACCCGCCUAGUGACUCUUUACAUGCACAAAAUAUUCAGGUUUAUUCUGAAAGAGCCGCUUUUGCCGUUUUUCCUUUUUUGCAUCAAAAUAGGAUUAUUUGUAACUUUUCGACAGGUGGCACACAUUUUGACCGUGCUAACGCAGCUUCAGGGCCAUGCUUCUCCAACCCUUGCAAAUUAAGGACGCGCAAUAAUAUUGGCAUGUCCUCAGUAUCGGCACAUAACUGCUUAAAAAUGAAUUAUCAGCAUUGGCCCAAAAUGAAUUUUUCUGCAGAUUUGACAGGCCAGAAAGACGCCGCUUUAAUAAUACAACUGUAGUUAGUUGAAACAAGUCAGAUUUUGACUCUCAUCGUCUGUUAAAGUGAGACGAGUUUUACAGUUUUGUUCGAAAUCGGUUAAAUGAGAAUUAAUAUGCUUUACAUGUAACGUAAGAUAAAGAAUUGCUUUGCCCUAUGAAUUAGUACAUUUUAAAAAAGUCUCGUAUGUUAUGUUUGCAUCUGCAGCCGCUGGGUCAGAGACGCGUUCAUCCCUCUGCAGAAGAGACUUGAUGUUCUCUGCAAUUAGGUGGAAACGUUUGUGCAUAAAAUCAAUAUCUGCAUCUGCAAUCAGCCAAAAUGAUCCAGAAAACAACACUACAUCGGAUAGAUUAAAAAAACGUGCAUCCGUUUUGCAAACUGUCGGUUCGUUGAUUUGUACACAACACACAGAGCUGACCAUAAACAGGCGAGAGGCCGAGCGUAACAGGCGCCGGAAAAAUAUACAUCUAUUCAGGGGAAAAAAAUAAUAAUUUGGGAAAUUCAACCAGAAUAAAAAUAUUAAAAAUAUGGUCAUGUUCAGAAUAACAGGAGUAUUACUGUGCAUGUAAACGCAGCCACUGAACAUUUUGCAGCAGAUUUCCGCAGAUCUUUUUAUUUAGAGGAAUACAGAAUACAAUAAUAAACGCUUUAACGUGAUGAACGCUGUUCGAUCUGUCGGGUUCACGGAUCACCUGAUUCACAUCUGGAAACAUCGACUCUGCACAGACUGACCUCUCUUUGAACGCAGCCAGAUGUUUAUGAUGCUUUUCCUGCAUUUGGACGACUGUUCUGGUCGGCUGUUCGGAUCCACCGAGGCUUCAGCAAACAGGCUCCGUGUUAUUGGAGGAAAAAAAGCAUAAACUGUUCAAGUUUUGACUGGGGUAAACUAAGUGGUUGGACUCUCUGCGGAGGGCUCAUGUUGGUCCUAAAAAUGACGUGAAAACUUUGUGGCGAGCUGUUUACCAAAAGCUUCAAAUACUUUAAGGUUUAUUGAAACCUGACAACAGCUUUUACAGCGUUCUGCAUAACGGUGCUUUAAAUGUUUAUAUUCUGGUAUGACGGUUGUGAAUUCUCACCUUAAAUAAUUUAUGAUU